CCGGGAUUUGUAGGCGGAAGUUUCUGACUGGCGAGGGCGGCCUGUUGCUGGAGGCUAGAGCUUCGAGCUCCGCCCUUCGGUUGGGCUUGGGACGCGGAGGGCGCGCUGACCCGCUCGGGAGCCGGUUCAGUUCAGCCCGGGGAGUUUCGGAGGCCUCCGAGAGCAACGGCCGCGACCCCUUCGGCAUUUUGAGGAAGGAAAGAGGCGGCGGAGGAGUGAAGCUUUAUAACCAACAUUGCCCGUCUUGCCUGUUCGAGCAGCCUUUAUCCAUCAGAAAGAAAUAUAACAGGAUCCAGCACCCCCUGGUCCAACUGCUGGCCCUGCAGCCCUCCAUCCACACACCCACCACGGCGGAGUCGGUCAAGCCCACCCUCUGCAGAGUUGUCAUCUACUUGCAGAAGGAGAUGUCCGGGGACACUUGCCUGACCGCCCUCUGCCCUGCGUCGGGGUCCAAGCCCAAGGGUGCCGGCCUUGGCAGCUUCCGAGCAGGCGCCUUGGGCAACAAGUAUGUGCGACUCAAUGUGGGAGGCUGCCUCUACUACACCACGGUGCAAGUCCUGACGCGGCAUGACACCAUGCUGAAGGCCAUGUUCAGCGGCAGGAUGGAGGUCCUCUCGGACAAGGACGGAUGGAUUCUCAUCGACCGCUGCGGGAAACACUUUGGCUCUAUCUUGAACUAUCUCCGAGACAACACAGUUGCCCUACCGAAGAACCGGCAGGAGAUCAAAGAGCUGAUGGCGGAAGCCAAGUACUACCUCAUCCAGGGGCUGGUUGACCUCUGUCAGGCGGCCCUGCAGGACAAGAAGGAGUCGUACAAGCCCGUCUGCAACAUCCCCGUCAUCACAUCCCCCAAAGAAGAAGAGAGGCUUAUAGAAUCGGCCAUGAAGCCGGUUGUGAAGCUGCUUUAUAACAGGAGUAACAACAAAUACUCAUACACAAGCAACUCCGAUGACAACUUAUUGAAGAACAUUGAGCUGUUUGAUAAGCUCUCCCUCCGCUUCAACGGGAGGGUCCUCUUCAUCAAGGACGUGAUUGGGGACGAGAUCUGCUGCUGGUCCUUCUAUGGCCAGGGCCGCAAGCUGGCCGAAGUCUGCUGCACCUCCAUCGUUUAUGCUACGGAAAAGAAGCAGACCAAGGUGGAAUUCCCCGAGGCCCGCAUCUAUGAGGAAACGCUCAACGUGUUGCUUUAUGAGACCCCUCGGGUCCCCGAUAACUCCCUUUUGGAAGCCACAAGCCGGGCCCGGAGCCAGGCAUCCCGGAGUGAGGACGAGGAUGGCAGCUUUGAGCUGCGGGACCGGGUGCGGCGCAUCCACGUCAAGCGAUACAGCACUUACGACGACCGCCAGAUGGGCCACUAAGUGACUUAUAGGGCCCUUGUUUCUAUGUUUAUUAUUUCCCCAGGCUUUCAAGCCUCGACCUCUUGUUUCUGCUGCCCAUCGAGUGAGUGGGGCCUGUGCCAUUCCUGCGUUGGCUGGAGGUUGACUUAGAUUUUGUUUCCAAAGGCCUGUCGCACACAAUGCCAACCGUUUGUAAUCUCUUUAUUCAUUUGAGGCCCUUUUUAUUUUGUUUAAAGGGAGCUUAUGCCUCCUUCUUCUAUUUAGAGAAAGCGAACAUGAUUUUUCGUUCAGGCAUUUGCAGAAGGAACUUUCUCAGGCUCUGUUUGGAGAAUUAUGGUAUCUCCUUGGUUUUCCUUUUUUUUCAAGGAGGACGAAUGUAUAUCAAACACUACAGUUUGACAGCUGCGUGUCUUCUUUCAGUACCCAAACACUCCUUCUUUUCCUCAAAUGGACAGGAAACUGACUAACGCUGGGAGAAGUUGAAAAGACAUUGGUGUCUUGAUGCCUGAAAACUGGAAUGCAAACCGAGGAUUGGCUCUGAGAUUCUGAGAUUCGUCCCUGGAGGCAAAUUGGAGUUGAAAUACCCUGGAUCCUUCCACCCAAUUAGUUGUGGAGUUGACGGUUUGAUUGCGGACAAAACGUUUUGCUCUUUUCACUACAUUUGCUGGAUCCUCUGAGGGCUGUGAACAGGUUGAGCCUGGAAUAUACUGGAAUCACCCAGAAUCCUAUACAGUAGGGUCUCCCUUAUCCGACCUUUGUUUAUCCGUCAUUCUGUCUUAUCUGAUGCUCUUAUCCGAUAUUCUUCUUUUCCUCAAGCAUUUCCCCUUCAAUUAAAGGAUCGCUCCCCAACUCUCUCUCCAUUCCCAAUGAGUGAAAAAGGCUAGACAAGGAGGAGAAGAGGGAGGAAACGGGGAAAAGAGGCAGGACCGGAAGCAGAAGUAUCCUCCCUCCUUCCCUCUGAGAUUUCCACACUCCUCUUCCGCAUCGGGCACUUCCUGUUGGGUCUGUCUAACCCCGAGGUGUUACCUUGCCUUAACCCUUUGAGUUCCUGUUGUCACGCCAGCGUUGUUGUCUCCCUUGGCCUGCGAGGAGGAGGAGGAGAGGAAGACAACAUGCGUGCAAACGCGCACUUGUGAGGGAAGGAGGGAGGGAGAGCGAGCUGCCUCUCGGUGUUGUCUGAGGCAGGGGCACCUCAAGAGCUCCUCAAGAGCAACCCCCCCCCCGAGAUGUGCGCUCUAUGCAGAUGCGUAAUUAGCGUACUUCCUUGAGCCGCCUCUGGUUGUUAGUACUCUAGAUGUCUAGCGCCACGUCGAACGGGUAACAGUAGGAGACUCCGUAUUAUCUGACAUUUUCAUUUCGCUAGCCCAUUUUUGCCGGAUAAAUGAGACUCUACUAUAUUUCUGAUCAUAUUUUCUAUUACCCUGUGCUUGGAACGUGGUGAAUCUCAUCCCUUCGGACCGGGUCUCUGUCGUGACGUUUGCCCCACGCAUUUCUCUAUAGUGAGAGCAGAGGAACACUUGAACGGCUCUCAGCUGGAAAGGAGGUUGGGAGGUUUAUGUGGGUCACGUUGGACGUGUUUGAGGUUCCUGGGUUGGUUGUGGAGCUCAGUGUCCAUCUCUGGCUUCUCACCACAUUAAAGACAGUUUUGGUGGGAUUCCCUAUCAUCUUCUGUCUGGGGAAUUUCAGGACGUUGUUGCAUUUUUUUAGGUUUUUCAAAGUGUUUACUUUCUGUGGCCCCCAAAUAUGGCAACUUUAUAUCACAAGACAUCUUUAUUUAUGGGCUUCGCUGAGAGUAAGGAACCUUUGGAAAAAUUGUAAUCGUUGUUGGAAAAUGGACCUGGAAUGGAAUGGGUGCCACUUGUUGAUGAUCUUUUAGGAAAGGCGGCUUAAAAAUGGAAAUUUUAAUUUUUUUUUCUCCCGGUACAAGGUUGAUUUUGUACACCCGGUGAUAUAGAAGUGCCAAAAAGUGGAGCGAUCUGAGUUCCACCAUAAAUGGUCCCUUCGUGGACCUCCAUAGAUGGUCUGUCUGGUCUGUAGCCUUGUCGAUCGUAGACCAUGGCCUACCAGGGGCAACCACUGCUCCCCAACAUGUUGCCCUUUACAUGUGUAGGAUGAUGGACUUGUAGUCCUACCUAAAGGGAACCAGGAGAGAGAAGACUGACCCCCAAAUGGCUGGAUGAGAGGAAAGGCGGCUGUUUGGUGUCCAUUCCAGAUGGACACCAAACAGUCAACGGAGGACCAUAAGAAGACCAUCUAUGGUGGAGCUCAGCUAUCUCCUUCUAAUACCAAUUUGAUCCUUUACUUUUUGUAUUUACAUGAUUGAGAAGAAACCUAUGGCAUUCCACAGACUGAGAGGAAUGUCCUGCCUUUACAGCCAGCCUCUUCUUCCAUCUCCAUGCACUGAGUUCUGUACUUUCAAUCAGGCCGGAUGUGACUUCUGGAUGUACCUGGUGUUAAAUGAAUAAAAUAACACUCUGUAACAAGCA